AUGACAUUUGACAACUACUCGUCGGGCAUCACAUGCCACGAGCCUGGGCAGAACUCUGACCAUACUUUUCGGGAGACGCUCUCUAUGGGCUACACGCGGUUUUCACCCAAAGAGGUGGGCAAGAUCCUGGAAGACAUGAAGCGAGAUUGGAAGGGCAGAGACUACCAUGUGCUGACCAAAAAUUGUCAUCAUUUCUCAGACUCGUUUUGUGCUCGUUUAGGUGUCGCACAUUUGCCGGAAUGGGUCAACACAUUAGCAGAAACUGGAGCGAACACGCUGGAUUACCUCGACAGCACCGACAGCGGCUACGAUGGUGGAAAGGCCAUCACGGACUUUUUCGACAACAUGAAAUCAUCGGUGUUUGGAUUCUUCACAGGGGCGCCGUCUUCCACACAGGCAACCUUUCUUCCAGCUCAUGGGAAGAAAGAUACUUGGGGGUUCGUUCAGCGGCCCAGUGAGUCAGAAGCUGGGCAGCUGUGA